AUGUUACCCAUUCAGACUGCAGACCCUUCACACCUGGAAGGAAAGACAACUAAGAAGCCCGCCAAAACCCGCAAUCUUCAAAUCGAGCCCUCAGACCCUUCUCUAUGCGACAAGAACCGCCGCGAUACCCAACAUAAUCUCACGCAGCCCGGCUUCCUCCUCCCGUCUCCAACCGUCUUCGGCGUCAACCACAAACACUGGUGGACCGUCCUGAACGCCAACCGCUACACUCAUCACCGCGCAAACCGCACCAGCGUCGCGCAGCAGCUUAUCGAGCUCUACGAAGCCUGCGUCGCCGAAGUCGAGAACCUUCCCCGCCCCACGAACGAAUUCGUCGACCGCGCCAAGGUCUGCACGCCAGACUUGUUCAACAAGAUCCGAAGUCGUCUUAUGUCCGAGAAUAGAGUGUGGGGAAACGUGGCCGAACGCGAGGGUAAACGCGAUCUCUCGUACGGCAUCGGGGUCUUUGACCGUGCUAGGAAGGGCUUUCUGGAGCAUCCAACGCGGCUGCGCAAGUUUGGGCGCCACGAAGAUCACCUUUACCGACGACUUUGGAGACUCGUAGACAGGUGGCUUGAGAUUACGACGGAAGGCAACAAGGUCUUGGUCCCCGACGAUGCCUCUGUCGCGGCUCGUCCUGGCUUCGCAAGUACUUCGAUCCCCGUCGGUACGGCGAUACACCUCGCCAACCGUGGAUCUUCCGAUGAAAAGAAGAAAGACGGUUCCUCGAGCCCAGCGGGGACGACUAAAGCUCCACUGCUCCGCUUACGAUGA